AUGCCGCGGCAUCCCGCCGGUCAAAGCGAGAUGCAGAGAGCAGGUAAACCCCACCUCGCCCCUCUCUCCUCUCUCGCUGCACGCCUCUCAGCAUCGCACGCGCACAUCACUCGUAUCGCUCAUCUCACUUUCAGGGCGUCCGUGACGACAACCUCGACCAUGUUGAAGCUGUUCACAUCGAUACUAGUCGCUUCGUCGGCGCUGCUCAUCUCGCGCGCGUCCGCUCAGACCACAUACGGCAUCGGUGUGCCGAACAACGUGACGUCGCUGCAGGGUACAUGGAGCACUGGCGCCGGCCACGUCCUGACAGGUCUCAACUUCUACGACCCGGUCAACAACAGCUUCAUCUACCCGGCCACGGCGGGCCAGUCGUACAGCUUUACCGACGACGGAUACUGGGAGCAGGCGCUGUAUCUGUACAACACCAACCCGGCCAAGCCCAACUGCGUGUCGGCGCAGCUCAUCUGGCAACACGGCACGUACAUCCUCAACUCGAACAACACGCUCACGCUCAACAUCUUCAAGGGCGACGGCAGGCAGCAGGUGUCGGACCGAUGUGCGGAAAAGUCCAACUACGUUCAGAGCUACGACCAGGUGGAAAACAUGAACGGCUUCGUUAUCCACCUCGACACCCACUUCAACUCGCCCGCCUACGCGCUUCAGCUGUAUCGAUUCGACGGCUCGCUUGCGCCGCUCAUGUACCAGGUCUUCAACCCGCCACAGAUGCUCCCCACCCAGCCUCUGCACGAGGAGAUCAUCGGCGAACUCAACAGCUCCUAG